AAAAAAAAAAAUAAAAACUUGGGAAUGAAGCGAUGCCAGUCGAACAAUUUUAAGUCUCUCUAAAACCCCGUGUCUCUCAAUCUCUCUCGCUCAAUAAUGGAUAUCGAUUUCAAAGAGUAUCAAUUGAGUUGUGAGCUGCGAGGCCACGAAGACGACGUUCGUGGGAUAUGUGUAUGUGACAACGUGGGGAUAGCAACUUCAUCAAGAGAUAAAACUCUGAGGUUCUGGUCUUUAGAUGCCUCAGACAAGCGAAAGUAUCUUUCUUCUAAAAUACUGUGGGGCCAUACAAGUUUUGUUGGUCCAUUGGCAUGGAUUUCACCGAAUGAGGAAUAUCCGGAAGGUGGACUUGUGUCAGGGGUGGACACAAUGGUCUUGGUUUGGGACCUGAGAACUGGCGAGAAAGUGCAAACAUUGAAGGGUCAUCAGUUGCAAGUCACUGGUGUCGCAUUGGAUGAUGAGGAUAUUGUGUCAUCCUCUGUAGAUCGUACUUUAAGGCGGUGGAGAAAUGGCCAACUUGUUGAGUUCUGGGAGGCACAUAAUGCACCAAUCCAAGCAGUUGUAAAGAUGCCUUCUGGCGAACUUGUUUCAGGUCUUUAUUUUUUUUUACUGACUAUUAUUUGUUAUUAAAGAUGCCUUCUGGCGAACUUGUUUCAGGUCUUUAUUUUUUUUACUGACUAUUAUUUUGUUAUCAAAGUUUUAUUUAUCUUGUGUGUCAGUUCUGUCAGAUUGUGGGCACUUACUGGCCAAGUACUAAUGGAGAUGGUUGGCCAUACUGCAUUGUCUAUUCAGUUAUUAUCUGCAUCUGGACUUGUUGUCAGUGGCAGUGAGGAUCGUUUUGCUAAGAUCUGGAAAGAUGGAAUCUGUGUUCAGAGCAUAGAGCACCCCGGUUGUGUUUGGGAUGCCAAAUUUUUGGAAAAUGGGGAUAUUGUGACAGCAUGUUCUGAUGGAGUUACACGCAUUUGGACAGUACAUCCUGAUAAGGUUGCAGAUUCCCUUGAACUUGAGGCAUAUGCUUCAGAACCAUCAUAUAAGUGCAGCAGGAAGAGGGUUGGUGGAUUGAAAUUGGAAGAAUUACCUGGGCUUGAAGCCUUACAGAUUCCAGGAAGCAGUGAUGGCCAGACUAAAAUUGUUAGAGAAGGGGACAAUGGUGUAGCAUACUCGUGGAAUAGAAGAGAACAGAAAUGGGAUAAAAUUGGUGAAGUUGUUGAUGGACCAGAUGAAGGCAUAACCGGCCUAUAUCAUGAUGGAACUCAAUAUGAUUAUGUUUUUGAUGUCGAUAUUUGAGAUGGGGAGCCGAUCCUAAAGUUGCCCUAUAACCGUUCAGAUAAUCCUUAUGAUAUUGCUGAUAAGUGGCUUCUCAAGGAGAAUCUCCCUCUUUCCUAUCGGCAGCAAGUUGUAGAGUUUAUACUCCAAAACACUGGCCAGAAGGACUUCACCAUCGAUCCAUCAUUUUGUGAUCCUUACACUGGCUCAAGUGCUUAUGUACCUGGACAACCUUCAAGCAUGUCUGCAAUGCCUGCAAAACCUAUCUUCAAGCAUAUCCCAAAGAAAGGAAUGCUUGUUUUUGAUGCAGCUCAGUUUGAUGGGAUCCUUAGAAAGAUUACUGAGUUCAACAAUACUUUGUUGACUGACGCGAACUUGUCCCUGACAGAGCUCGAGAUAUCCCGACUAGUGGCUAUCGUUAAAAUUUUGAAGGACACAUCACACUACCAUUCUAGUACUUUUGCAGAUGUGGACAUUUCUUUGUUGCUGAAGUUGCUAAAAACAUGGCCAGUGGCAAUGAUAUUUCCAGUUAUUGAUAUUCUGAGAGUGACUGUCCUGCACCCUGAUGGGGCAAGGGUACUUCUUAAGCACGUUGAAAAUCCUAAUGAUGUGCUAAUGGAAAUGAUUAACAAAGUCACCACAACUCCUGCACUUCCUGCAAAUCUUUUAACCAGCAUCCGUGCUGUGACUAAUCUGUUCAAGAAUUCUUCCUACUACAACUGGCUACAAAAGAAUCGUAGUGAGAUUCUUGAUGCAUUUUCAAGCUGCUCUUCAUCUCCCAAUAAGAAUUUGCAGUUGUCUUAUUCUACCUUGAUACUCAAUUAUGCAGUGCUGUUAAUUGAAAGGAAAGACCAAGAAGGUCAAUCUCAUGUUCUUUCAGCAGCUCUUGUGGCAAAUAGCGAAGAGGAUAACAUAGAAGUUGAUUCGAAAUUCCGGGCUUUAGUUGCCAUUGGAUCACUUAUGCUUGAAGGUCUAGUGAAAAAAAUAGCACUGGACUUUGAUGUUGGAAGUAUUGCCAAAGUUGCUAAGAAUUCUAAAGAAUCAAAGAUCACUGAAGUUGGAGCUGACAUUGAACUAUUAACAAAGAGUUGAAUCUGUUAAGUCACUGGACUGGAAAAUGAUCCAUGUCCCGAAAAGAUUGGCGAGAUGGAGAUUGGUGGGCGGUGGCUGAGGUUUAUGAUAUAUUUCAGUAAGAUGUACGAGGACCCAAUGGUUGCAUAAAGGGAUUGACUAAUAGACGAACACUCUGCAUGAUAUACGACUGUGACAACAUGUUUAGGACAUCAUUUAUUUUUAAAGGUCCUGUGCAAAAUGUUAAGCAUGUAUUUAGACCAAGAUUAAUUUAUUGAUUGUCUCGUUUUAUAGGAUUCAAUUUGUACCAACUUCUUGGAUUUGGAUUUAAAGAGCCUGAAAAUUGAUUUACACUA